AGGGUUUGCAGCUUAAGCCCCUCCGCGGUCUCAGGAAUGUCAACUAUUCAAUAUGGAGGCGGAGGUCGAUAAGCUGGAACUGAUGUUCCAGAAAGCUGAUUCUGAUUUGGAUUACCUUCAGUAUAGGCUGGAAUAUGAAAUCAAGACUAAUCACCCACAUUCAGCAGGAGAGAAAAAUGCUGUUGCAAUUUUAAAGGAAUUAUCAGCAAUAAAGUCUCGAUAUCAAGCUUUAUGUACACGCUUUAAGGCAGUUUCUGUUGAGCAAAAAGAGACCAAGAACUGCAUUUGUGCUAUUUUGAACAAGACAAUGACCAUGAUACAAGAACUACAAAAGCAAACAAAUCUGGAGCUAACUCUACUGACUGAAGAAGAGAAAGCUGUGACACAGCAGUUAAAGCCUCACAUGCCAGACUUAUAAAGUGGAAUUUUAAAGAGCAACUCUGAUGGAGAAAAGAUCAAUUCCAAAGAGAUUCAGCAAGAUGUCUAGAGGUUGCUGAUAAAGAAGACUGAUACGUUCCUUGACUGACAGGAUCAUGAUUCAUUUCAUAUGAGAGGAAAUUGUAAGAAGGAUAGAUAUCAUAAGACUGAAAGGAUGGAAUGGGAAUAAAGAAGUUUAAAUACUGAUACCCAGAGUUAAUUUUGUCCUUUCAGGCAAUUAAAUCCCUUAAUAGUAUUUUUAUUUUCUGUUUUGUUUUUGUAUAGUUGGCAUAAUUUUAGAUGUUUUGGGAUAUUUACAUACGUUUCAUUCAAUAUGUGAAUGGGCAAAAUACUUGUAUAAAUAUUCAGGUGUUGUUUGUUUGCUCUUUUGAGACAAGGUCUCACUAUGUAACUCUGGCUGGCCCUGGAGCUCACUAUGUAGACCAGACUAGCAUUGAAUCCUAGAGAUGCCUGCCUUUGCCAUCACACUGGACAUUGUCUGUCUGUCUGUCUGUCUGUCUGUCUGUCUGUCUUUCUGUCUGAGAUAAGGUCUUCUGUAUCCCAGGCUGGCCCCAGAAUUGGUGUCAAUAAGGAUAAUAUUUGACUUUGGUACCUCCUGAGCGCUGGGAUUCCCAGUGAGUGUAAGCACGUCUGGUUUAUGUAGUACUAACUAGAGCCUUGCUCAUGUACAUUACAGUUAAUAAUGCACUUACUUGUGUAUAUAUGAGGUCCAGUAUUUCCCCAAAUCUAACAAAUAUAAUUAAUAAGCUGUUUUGUGAAAACUUUAAUUUUUUCCUUCUUCCUAUUGCUUGCUAGUAAUAAACAUCAUGAGCUUGUUUUCAAA